UCACCUGAUCUCUCUGUCCCCCCAUCCGUGUUAUUAGCUCUCGAGUCCAUGGACGAGCUCGCUUAAACGCUCUUCAUUCCACUUCGAUCUCCUCAUUAUCUCUCCUGGUUCCUCUCUUCUGGUGGCAGACUGCGUGGAUCUCUCCUCCCUGGCUCGGAUCCAAGUGCUCUUCGUCGGAUCACACCCUACGUCUCCAAGAAGUUGUGCAACUUCCAUGGUUUCGUGUGCAACUUCUUCAACUUGACAAGUAAUCAAAUGGCAACUGAUGUUGAUCAAGCCUACCGAGAUUGGUCACGGGAGGAAUUGCCUGAAGGAGAUGAGUCUCAUGAACCCUCAGUGUCUCAAAUGCUUGAACACGGUUCCAUUUCUUUUGGAAGAUUUCCAAUUGAAUCAUUGUCAUGGGAAAGGAAGUCAGUGUUUGUUCACAACAGGUGUCAGGAGGAGCUGGAGAAGUUCAAUGGGUUAGUUGCCAAAAAGAAGGCAUAUUUUGAAGAGCGCUAUAGAAGGAUUCGAGCUAUGAAGGCUCAACAGAAUCAACAAACAGAACUCACAUUGGAUUAUAGUGGUGAUGGCAGUAUUUCUAGCCAAAGUGGAGAAGAAGAUGGAGCAGCUUCACUAGAUGAAAGUGCCAGAGAUGCCGCAGCAAACACUGGUCAAUCUUCAGAAGAAGUGAAACCUGGUCCAAGCUUCGAACAGGAAAUUAACUGGAAUAGACCUCAACAAGGAUGCUUGGAUCCAGAAUCGAUAUUUCAAAAUCCUACUUCUUCAAGAGGAAUUUUGCAAGAAACUGAGCCAGAUAAAACCUCUAUUGACACUGUGCUGGUGCAACCAUUGGAAACAGAAUCCUCAUUGCCACUUACAGGAGAUGUGGAGAUUGUAUCAAAUUGUAGCAGCAAUCUUGACAAUGAAGAGACCUUGCAGAAACAUAAGAACCUCAUGUCAAAUUUUGAGUCUAGAUGUGUUACACAAGAGACAGCAUCGGGUGCUACCAAAACAAAGUCUCGUCAGUUGCAGUCAAGAAAAUCUUUGGAUAAUAAAUCACUUUCUAAUGUUAAGGAUUCUGUUGCAGUUAGACAUGGUCAAAAUGUGAAGGGGGAAACUAAGUUAAAUGUGGUUCGGCCAUCAAAGGUACUAAAAAAUCCAUCACAAAAGAUGGCCAAUCAAACUCCACGCAAGAGUACAGCUAGUAGAAUAGAAAGCAAUGCUAGGACUGCCAUGAAUGCUUCAAAAGCACCACUUACAGAAGCCUGCUCUAAUAUCACCAGCCCAGGUCCAUUUACUCUUGUAAUGGAAAGAAGAGCAAACAGUAGAGGAAGUGCAGCAAAGCUGGACCCUGGAAGUUUAAACAAGUCAGCAUCAUCACUAAGUCAUGCUAAGGGUGGUUUAAGUGUACAGAAUAUGUUGAGGAAAACGUCCGCAACUAGUGAAAUAACUAGCAGAAGAGGAGCAGAAAUUAAAAGGGACUUAAAAGAAGUAAAAAAGAAGCCUUUGGCCGUGGACAGUCGGUAUGCAAGCUCGAAAAUAACUGAGUCACAUGUUGGGCCACCCAAGUCAAGGUCUGUUAACCUUCCUGCUAGGAACAAAUUGACAUGUAAUGGUGGAACGGAGUACAAAAUUGCAACUGCCAAAGGAACCAAUGAAAAUGAGGGACAUGCCAGAAUGAGGGAGUCUCAAAGAGUUACUGGAAAGACAACUGGCCCUUCCACGUCUGGAAUGGGAACUAAGAAGGUACUUUCAGCCCGAGAGGCAGAUAUAUCAUGCAGUAGCAGAAAACCAGGGCUCGAUAAUCUGUCACUCGAUGGGAGGAAGACAAGGAGAGCGAUACCGCCGUGGCGAUGAAUCGACUUCUAGAGCGACCGGAACUGUGACGGAAGUAAACUACAUUUUAAGUAUCAUCUGCAUCUGCAUUGCCCCUUCUGCAUCUCUUGCACUUAUCCAGGAUUGAGUCCUUGAUUUGUGCAAGUUGCUUCUGUACCAUAUGAACCAGACAUCGGUUGACCUCCUAGAUUCUUGUAAGCUGAACCACUCACCCUUGUUUAUGGCUGUAUUUUUAGAUUUCAGAGGGCUAUGCAUUAUUAGAUUACAUGGAUUUGUGAUGGUU